AUGAUACUGUUUGUGUGGUCUCUCGUCUCCUCGGCCAUUGAGGUAAACUUAAAAAAACUUCUUUUUUUGAAAAAAAUUGGCUUGCCUCGUCUUUUUUUGAAAAAUAUUUUUUUAAAGGACCUGUUCUGUGACUAGGUUCGUUAGAGAAAGUUUUAAGAGUUGAAAAUCAAAAAAAUUUUUACUGGGUUUUUUAACGCUAUUCUCACCAAAAAUAUCACUGAAAACAGGUCUCAAUUUCGAGAAAUUAGUAAAUUUUUCUUCACAGUCAUGCCGUGUUCAAAGUAAUUUCCGCGAAAUGCAAAAUGGUCUCUGACCUUCCAAAAUUUAGUUAUCUUUCUCUUUCUCUGACAGCUAUUUUGAAUUUCGCGGAAUCACUUUGAACACGGCAUCAGGUCUUGAUUUUCCGCCAAGUAGGUGGCGGAAAAAGUUCUAAUAUUCCAUUCAUAGAAGCUCUCUAAGGUGCAGCGGCUUUUCUCAAGAAAGCGGACUUUAUAUUUGAAGGGUCCAAACUUCAAAACAAUCACAAAUUUUCCUAAACAAUGGAAUCCAGGUUGCGAGAAAACGACAACUGGCCAGCUUCCUGCGUGCAUGCCUCACUCAGCAACAAAUCACCCGCGAGUUCGAAAUGCUCGUCUGGAAGCGGUUACGGUAGCCUACUGUAUAUAAUUACCUAAAAUGAGAAAUUCCUGAUUCAGGAACGUAGCGGAGACGAGUUUCGGCCAACUGACGAAAUAUCGGAGCGAGCCGCACCUCGACUCGUGCCUCGUAUUUCAGAGCCACUUGCUGCAAGUCUUCUCUAGGAAAUUUGAGGUCAGGUAAAGUCUGAGACCUUAUGGAUGAAGCUAUACGCACAGUGAAUGCGGAAAAAAAAACGAAUCCUUUCUAUUUUUAUUUCACUUAAAGUUUCCAAACUUCAAGUUUGGCAUGUAAGUCUGGAAAUUUCAAGUUGUUGCUUUCAAGGUGUUACCUGAAAGUGGUAAAUGGCUCAAACGCGCUUUUUAGGAGUCAAACCAAGUUUUUGAUCCCACAGAACGUUCUAUUUUUUUAAACACACAUAGGAACAUUUUUAUACACUAGUGUCCAAUAUUACCUGUUUACUAUUUUCUGCAAUAUUCCCUGCAUGGCCUUUAGAUGGAAAAAUCGAACACGGCGACACCAAAUCGACGCCACGCCCACCACAGCGGCGGAAUAUAAAAUGUUUUGUACGCAGUGCACACGAUACACAAAAAGCGACGCGCAAAAGGCGAAAUUGAUUGUUAAAAAAAAAUAUUUUCUAGCUGUUUUUCACUCAGGUAUCGCUGAAAGAAAUUUCUACAAAUUUUUAUACAUCAAUCGGCUUGCGUGGUGUCGCCGUGUCGAAGUACAGUUCCGUCAGAAAUCAUACGAAAAACGGUUUUUAAUCACAACUUUCUUGUAGAAAGUUUUCUGGAACUUUCUGGAGUUUUGAUGACUGUUCUUCUUAACACCACGGAAACUUUAGCUCGCAGAAAAAAAAGCAGCUCAGAUUUUCUAAAAAGGAUGGGCUUAAUACAAGAAAGUGAGCAAAAAAAAGUUUACGCUUUUUUUUCUGACGGUACUGUAUACACUGUGGCGUUUUUUAAAGAAAGAAUAAUACUUAACAAAAAUUUGAUUUUUGAUUCCAAAAAAAAGUGUAUAUUGUCAAUUUUGCAGCCACUGCUGCCUGCCGAAUGGAUCUUUUCACCUACGAUCCGCCCAUCAGAUCCGGAGGCCGUUUAUUUCGUCGUCGGUGGCGAAGUUUGUCCCCAGGAAAGCGCGGAAACUGAAGACCCUGUUUCUUACUUUAAGGUUUUCCGUGGUUUUUUCAGCAAGAUUUUGAGGAUAUAGAGGGGUCUAGAGGAAGAAAAAAUAUUUUUGAGAUAUAGUUUAAAUGUUUUUUUCGAAGUACCGGCUUUAAAAAAAAAAUUUGGCUUCUAGGCGGCUCUCGUUUUUUGACUAUUUUUUGAAAUCUCGUUCAGUGAAAGUUUUUUUUUCAGUAGCGUGUAUCGAGCCAUAUUACAUAUUCAUAUGAAGUUUCACAGCAAUCGGGAUUGAUUGAAAAAAGUUAUAGUAAAAAAUAUAAGUGCUCGUUUCAUUAUGAUGGCUUACUGUUACCGUAUAGUUUCCAGUUGAACGAACGCUGUGAACGAUUGGCGGUGCAUAAGACGCGCUACGAAUCGUUCUACGUCUGUCCGAUGGAAAUGUUCGUCGACGUCGCCGACGCUUUUUCGGAGGGACUACUUAAGAGCGACCAUUUUAUCAUCAAUCGUCUCUACAGUGAGUUCUUAAGAACUACACUGCAAGGCGGGUUGCCCCGGGGCUUCAAACCGCGGGCCGACCGACAACUUUGCUACACUAGUUCAAAAUAGAGAAGAACAAUGAGUACUUCUAGGCGUUUUCUCGCCCCUCGUGAGAUCCAGACCCAGAACGGACUGACUUCCAAAGCUUCAAACUCCCUUCUUUCCCUCUCCUACAACUCUCAGGUUCUUUUAACAGGAAAUAAACGAGAUUUUAUGAAUUUUCAGAAGCCGAUGCCGAUCCUGCAGCAGUUGUUCUGGGGCGACGCCGCUGCAAGUUCCUCCUUAAGGGACAGAUAUCUGAGCGAGAGUGCUCUCAACGUUGCUCACAAAGGUCAUUUUUCGAGGUGAGGAUUCAAAUGUCUAAAAAUCACCAUUUCGUGGAAUUUUUUUCGAGCUUCAUUUUCACAAUGUCAUUAACAGAAAUCAGGUCCAAAAAAUUGAAAAUUGAAAAUUAAAAAUUCAGUUGGAUAAAAGUGCUCUAAUGAAAACGUUAAUAAAUAAAAAAGUUUCCGAUUUAUCGUAAAAUUUUCAAUCUUCAGAAAAAUGAAAAACAACAGGUCACUCCAACGUCAAUUCGAGUUUAAAAUUCCAAAAUUCGAAAGUUCAUUUAAAGUCCAAUGAUAGGAAAAAAAUCCGGCUUUCAUCAAAAAUAGAAAAAUCAAGGUUGUCUGUCCUUGUAACGCAUAUUACGCUAUGUAGAAGUCUUACUUUCCGGCUUUCUUUUCAACUAAAAACCCGUCGAAAAAGAUUAUUCAACUUGAAGUGAACUUUAAGAGUAAAAGUAUUUGGCGAGCGGCCAAAAUAGACCAAUUAAUCCUUCCACAAAUAUUUUCGUCGUGAUGAUUUUAUAUUGUUUUUGUUAGGCUGACAAUUUUUGUUUUUGUGCUUUCACUCAAAAGUUUUAUUGGCGAAAACGAGCGUUCCGACUGAUUUUGCGCCUGACCACGCCCAGAUUUGAAUGAAAUGAGCCGUGGAAAAAUCUAGACGUUUUUUUUUUCCCAGAAGAAAAUACUUGCACUUUUCAGUUCAUAGGGUUAGCGAUAUUGGAUUUUUUUUUUGUUAGCUUGAAGUUUAUUCAAAUUUUUUCAUUAGCUUUGAAAAAAACUGGCCCCUUUGAAGAGACCCUUACUCAUCAAGGAUAUAGUUCAUUAGAGCGUACUUUUGCCAUUUUGACGAAAUUAUUAUGAAUUUUCAACUUUUUUGAUUUAAUAUAUUUAUAUAUUUUUAUUGAUUUUUCGAUCGAGAACGGAAAAAAAUGGAUGAGUGUUGAUUAAUUUUUUUAUUCCUUGAAAUUUCUCGAAUUUUUUUCUUCAUUUUUUUACUGAGUCAAUUUGCUUAUUGCGCGAUUUAUAAGCCUAAUCUUUUUCUCAAAAGAUUAUCCUUUUUUUCAUUCUAAGCUAUUUUCCAAGCGUCCGAAUUUCAGUUCCUGGACAUUCAGCUCCAGUUAUUUCCGAUUUUUUGAUCAUUGUUUCCUCUCAAUUCUUAAGUGGAUUCCAGCGGAAAUUGUUAGAGAAAAAUAAAAAGAGUCGAAGAAAAGGAAAAAGCCUCCGAAAAAGUUUUCGAGAAAUUCAGUUUUUAUCCCAAUAACACAGGAAUUUGAGGGAAGGUCUUUGAAAAUAUAUUUUUGAGCUGUAACGAAAAAUAACUUACCUGUUUCUUCUCUAUUUCCUUGCAGAAUCUUUAAAAAGGCUGAUAUUUAGACUUUUCGAAGUGCUUUUCAUGAAAAAAAAAUUGAAAGAUGAGCAAAAUAGCUGCUCGAUUUCCAAUUUAGCCUGGAAAAUUCUCAAAAUGGUUGGUCUUCAGACGUCUGGAAGCUAGACGAAUUUUUGAAAAAUGAGCAAUUCAAGAUCUUUUGACGGCUGUUCAGGAGCAUUUUAGGCUGUUUCGUAGCCUUUUUUGAUCCAAGAUUAGUAAGAUCUUCCAUCACUUGCAUAUGAAAAACUAUGAAAGACGGUUUUGAAGCGCUCGAUCGUCACGACGCCGCAACAACUCGUACAACGCGAGAGCCGUGACGCCCGACUUGAGCUCGUUGCGCAGCGCCGUCAGCCCUGCCAACUUUGACCGCUUCGACACAACCUUCCACAGCCUGCCACGCUAUAUCCGGCAUCUCGACGAACGGCUCAACUCCCCUCGCAGUCUGCCGCCGUCAGUUUUGCUUUUUUCGUGAGCAGGAGCCAUAACUUUGAUAAAAUACGCUCAAAAUUGAUUCUGUUUUGUCUUGACGGUUAGGUCGGGUAUUUUACGGGAGUGCGCCCUGAAAAUAAGAACUAGCUGGGAAAAUUUUUAGUGGCCACUAUAUGGUUUUGACGUUUUAUUGGCCACUAUAAUAGUCAAUAUAGUGGCCCCUUAAGGGGUUAAAAACUUUAGUGGCCACUUUCAAUGGAUCAAAUAAACUGGUCAAAUAUGUUUUUUUUUAAUCAGAGUUACUGGAAGAAACACUGGAUGAAAAAUUACUGAAGUGGCCACUAAAUAGAGAACCUCCAUAGUGGCCACUAAAACGGAAAAUAGUGGCCACUAUAGAGGUCGGUUUAGUGGCCAUUUUUGUGUCCUCUCCAAGUAGUCCUUGGCGAGCCUCUAUAGUGGCCAUUAAAAACUUUCCCAGUUUUUUUUCAAAUCGGACCCAAUAGAUCGUACUUUAGGAGAUUGGAUUAAAUGAUGUUUUUUUGCUCGUGAGAAAAAAUAGAGCAGGGAAAUUUUGAAAAAAACCUCUUGGAAUUUUACUGGGAAAGGCUCAAUCCGCAACGUUUCAGUUCAAAAUUUUGAGUCUAAACUCUAUUUUUGUCCCGUCAGUUUAGUUUUUGUAUGUGGGAAAUGAAGAUUUUGGGUUUUUGAUCUGAAUUGCCGAAUUCUAGAUUUCUAAUCUCGGCUCUUGAAAAUUAAUUUGCAUAUAGUUCGUUUUGAACACUUUUUUUCAAAAACUGCGUGGAUAGACUGGAAAAUUACAAGCAUUCACGUGAAUAUAACAUCUAUUCAACAAUUUUCCGCGAUUUUUUUGAAAACUACAGGCAAGAAUGGAACCCUUCACAGGGUUAAUUAAAAACUAUGCCGACUUUUGCACUUUCACAAAGGUCAGAAAAAAUUUAAUUCAGACAAUCACCGACGUAGUUAAUUGAAUCGUACUAAACCCUCAACACUCUGUUGGAAAUAAAGUGCAAAUCCUCGUAUUAAGAAAGCAAAUUGCUUUUGGCGAACCUUCGAUGAGCAGCGGCAGCGCCAGGUCUGACGUCACCACGAGCUGCUCGACCUCUGACACGACCACCAUCUCAACCUCUGUCACCACGGAAACACUCGAUCAGAGCGAAUCCCACCUUGACCACCUUGGGUUCGAAAAAUCCAGUUUUUGAACAUGAAAAAUGUUCCAGAAGCAAAAUGGAAGACAUGCGGCUGAUCGACGACACCGACACGGAAACCGUCGAUUCUGACCGAUUUUGCAAAGCUCAGAAACUUUCCGAAGAGCAUUUUUCCAUUGGUUUUUUGUGUCCUUUUCCUUUUUUUCAUUAAUAACUUUAGCGAAAAUCGCGAAAAGAGAAGAAAAGCCGAUAGAACAGGAAAAAACUGAGGAAUUAUCUAGAAGACAGCCGUUUGAGGUUAAGCUGAAUGGAUGCAAAGUCAUCGGUUUGUUUUAUCACUUUGAGAAAUAGAAAUGGUAAUCAUAGUGACAUGAGAUGGAAUAAAACUUGUUUGGCAACACUAAAGGGAACACUCCAACUUUUCGCUAUCUUUUUUGCUAUGAUCACGUGUGCGGAAGUGUUUUCCUUGCCACACUGAUUAGAUAUGGCAUUUUAAUUUUAGUUUAUUAUUUAUCUUUAUUGAAAAAAACUUUUACAUUUAAAAAAAGUUUCAAAAGUUUUGCUUUGGUAACCUUUUUUUGUUAUAAAAAAAUUUUUUUCGAAAAAAAUUUUUGGUGCAUUUUUUUGAAUUUUAGAUUGAUCCCCACAAGGGUGAGAGGGGAAAAGCCCAUAAAAAAGGUGCCGAAAAAUGGUCCCGAUUCCCCUAUAGGGGCCACUAACUAAAACCCCUGUAGAGACCACUUUUGCAAGUUUUAGUGAUUCCUCUAGGGGUUGGUAAAGUGCUUCCUAGAGGAACCCUCCAAACGAAACAAGGUUUCCCCUAUAGGGACCACUCCGGAGCUCCUAAGUUGUUUGUACAAUGGCGCGCUCUUGCCCUUGGGGUGUUUUUACGUUCAACUUCGAUUCUGAAAUAUUUCGAGUCGCUGACUUAACGAAAAUUCUAAUGGCGUGUUCAUUGGACAAAACGAAAAUUGCUUCGAAACGCAAAAAAUUGCUCGAAAAUAAAAAUUAGUACUGUUUUGGAGCAACUUUGGCGCGCCGCCGAUUAUUCGUUUUGAAUCAUGUUCCAUUUCUCCAAUGAACUCGCUCUAAUUAUUAAGUCGUACUUCAAAUCUAAACCUUUCAAAGAACCAAUUAUACAACUUUUUCAGAGGAAGGAAAACAAAAGGCUCCAGAAACAACGAUUGCACCUAAUUUUUUCAAACCGCCGAUUGCUGCGUUUGCCGCAAACGGUGUUGUUCGAGGAAGAAGAAGUGUAAGUUUCGAUCUUUUUCAAAAUUCUCAUACAUUUUUACAGGCUUCUGUAGUUGCUUCGAAAUUCGUCAGCCAAAGCCAACGACGCUUUUCAACACUUUCGGGAGAUGGUUUUCUCGAAAUAAUUGUGGAAAAAUAUUAAAAAAUCGUUUAGGAGAUCGACAUCGCUCGCUGAGUCCCAGUUUUGAGUAUUUUCAACUGCGCUCCAUACGAUUCUUGUCAUCACAACCUCAAGGUCAUUUCCCUGAUUUUUGUGAACCAGUUUUGAUUUUUGCUUUUUUCAUUUUUUUAAAAUUUUUUUUCAAUUAUCUUGAAUUGUAUUUGACCUAUUGUGAAAGCUCGUUUAACUUACAGACUUUUCAAAAUUCUAAGUUUUCUUGUUAUCUACGUUAUCAUAGCAAACAUUUCUGAGUAGUUUGAAAAAAAAAUUUCGCUGCAGAAUUAUAUCUUUGCUUAACUGUCAAACUGUCAUGCCAAAAAUUAAAGUGUUCGAUGAUUUUUAUAUAAAUUUUCAGAAAAUUAAAUAAUCCGGCAAGGAGCCUUGAAACUCCUGAACGUUUCAAUGUCCACAUAGAAUUAAAAAAAAGCAAUUACAGAUUCCACACGAGAUAACAGCGUUCGGUCGAGGCCAUACACGCCGACUUUUCUCGCAUCUCGAGACAAAUCCCAUCGACCCAUGCCCAAGCCUCCAUCGGUUUGUUUCAAAAAAUUUUUUCAACUUAGUUCUAACUGAUUCACGGCUUGAGCCAUUGUAAAAAGGGUCCUGACACGAUAAGAAAAGAGAAAGUGCCUUCUUGGUGGAGGGCGCAGACAGACCACGCUUUUUUGAGUUCCGAGCUAGCCGUGUAUUGGCUAUAGAUAUAUAGAUAGGCUUGGAAACGAAAAUUUUAAUCAAAAUAAAAUAUAGUGUGUAAGCCAAGACUUGAAAUUUCACCGAACGAAAUUCCGAUGUUCCGCUGCGUGCGUUCGCGAAGCGUCUUCAGAAUCUAGGUCAUGCUUUCAAUUGAUUGUUGUUGCUGUGGGAGCACAUGAAAGUAAAAUACCUUUAAAAAAAAAUUAAAGCGCGCAGCGGAACAGCGGAAUGUCGUUCGGCGAAAUUCCAAGUCGUGGUACACAGGCUAUACAUGAUAGUAUCUUCCGCAGAUCCUGGUUUACACGGCCGGCGAGCAGAAACUCUACGAUGAGAUCCGCGGAAAACUCUCGCAUCUCCUGCCACCAGACGAGAUCACCGUGUUCAACCUUUCCGUCGAAGCGAUGCGUCGGCAGCCUUGGAUUGAACCGGCGACGGUCGGUUGCACUGUUUGGAGACGUCUGAUUGCAAAGCAUUCAGAUGUGCGUCAUCGUCGCUUCCACCAAAGAGUUGGACGAUGUUUCUUGGGGGAAGAUGCAGUCCUACUUUAACCAGGUGUAGUUUAUUUGUUGAAAAGGGGAUGAAAGGACUAUUUUGAAUCAUAUGAACAUUUUAAUAGGCUGGUUCACUGUUUUGAUAUGAGAAAAACUUUUUUUAACAUUUCAAAAUGUUUUUCACCAUUUUUGAAGCAUUUCGCUGAAAAUGUUACUCGGGUAAACCCGGAAUGGUGGAUAAUGGCCGUUAGAAGGGAGAGGCUCAAAAAAAGCCGCAAAAAGGCAGCAAAAAUAGUCCCUUCGUCGAGACUUUCAUUAUUCUGGGAUUUUGAAGGCUCGAGAAAUGGUGGAAAAAGGGAGAGGCUGCAAAAAUGGUGCGAAAAAGCCGAUGAAAUGGCGCAAAAAUGCAGCAAAAAAGUAUCCUUUUUCACUCUGAAAGGAACAUUUCUAAGGAGCCUUUUUCCACUGUUUUCGACUAUGCCUAUAUAUAAACCUUUUCAGCCAUUCUCUACCAUUAUAAAACCAUUUUAAAGAAAUAUAAAAAAAACCGUUUUAUUCCGAAUGUUAUGAUAAAUUGUGAACUUUCUCCUUUUGCAGAAAGGCAAAAUCAUUUUCGUUUGCCAGAAUAAACUUCUAUCCAGCCUCACCCACUGCGAUUCUAGCAAACAACAAGUAAAUAUUUAAAUUCCCCAAUUUGAAACUGAAACUUUUUCCUAGGCGGACAUGCUAAGACUAGCCUUUGGCGGAAAGACGAAACUCGAAGAAACCAACAAGGAAUUCGCCAAGUUUUUGAAAAAGUGUCUGAAACAUUUGGCCAAGAGCAACAACAUCAACGAGACCUUCCGCUCCAAGGAAAUCUCCGCAGAUGCCCGGUUUACCGUUGUUUUUAAGAAGGAGAAAGGUUUUUGUGACGUAAUCAAGAAAUUUGGAAAGUUUGAACUUUAGAAACGCCCCUUUUAUUGUACAUGCACAACAGCGAAUCUCAUUUGGCUUCAGCUGUUUUCUCUGACGCGACUACGGAACAACUGAUGGCUCCCAGUGGGUUUACGGAAGUUAUACUUACAAAAUUCGAGGUUAUAGGUCGUGAAAUAAUGUGGAAAAUGAUUUUCUGCAAUUUUCGCGAAGCUAUAAACAAAUUCAAUUAAUCUUUUUUACACGGAAAUGUGUUCUUUCCUACCUGAAUCUUCUCAUAAAAACCUCAUUACAUAAGAAAAGAGGGGAUAAAAAAAUUAAUAGGGGAAUUUCAGUCUUUCUCUUUUUUUGUCGGUAAAUCGUUUUUUUCACAGAGACCUUUGUUAUUUAGAAAAAAAUAAGAGGAAGUGUUUUUACUCUAACCGUCCUUUUGUUUACCAGUGCUCCCUAGCUGUCGAAGAUUCGAACGUAGAUUCCAAAAGUCUGCAGAAUUUUCGAAAAAGCGCGUAACUUCAAAUUAUUUUUGCGAUAAAAAAUGUUUUUGUUAAUUCGCUCAUACCUUUUAACUCUGGAAAAAAUGAAGUAAACAGUUUGAAAUCAACUGAAUUCAAUUACAUCCAACCAAAAAUCGUUUUUUUACUUGAUAUUUUAAAAGAGAUGUUCCUGCGUACCGCUACAUUUUAGUUAUAUUCGAAAAAUUUUCGUGAAUUUUUUUCAAAGUUUAAUUUUUUUCACUCAUUACCGUGGGACGACGAUAAUUAUUGAGCCUUGCUUCAGAUUCUUGAUUUCGGAUUUUUCCAUUUUUAUUGGAAAAAGAAAGUUUGAGAGGAGUUUUGAUUCCUUUCUAAUGUUGACCAGAGACCAAAAACACGUCUCAUAAGAAAUUUUAUGAGUUAAAAUUGAAAAAGGCUACUGGGAAUUUCUUCAGACAGCAACUUGCUCCGAGAUUCUCUUCAAAGUGUCGGAGUGAAGGUGCAGGACAUCGAAUGCGUCCCCCUCACCAAAGGUUUCCUUCUAGCCGAAUUUGACAGCAUUCUUGAGGAAAUCACGGUUUUUUUUCUAAAUUAACCAUUGAUAUUAAAUGCGCUGCUUCAGGGUAUUAGAUACGGAGAGAAAAUCGGAGGUUGGCCGAAAGUUUUCCUCCGAAAGGCGGAAAUCGCUGAAGAGGAAGGCUUGCCGACGCCCUCCACGUCCUUGCUUCCGAUUGAAAUUCAUUCCAGGUUGGUUUUUUGAUACUUGUUGAGACUCAAAUGUUUCGGAUUUAAUAGUAUAGAGUUUGAACAUAAUACAAUACUCGAUAUUUUAAAGCAUUAUUGAAUUUUUAGAGGAUGAGGUUUUGGAGAGUUUUGAAAGAGUAUAGUAAACAUAUAACCAGAAAAUUCACUUUAUUCUAAGGGUUUUGGAAACGGGAAUUUUUUGAUUUCUUUGCUUUAAAAGCGUUCGUGAAAUAAAUCUCAAGUGUUUGAAAUUUUGAUCUAUUUCAGAACAGUUAGUCUCCAUAGAUAUAUGUGAUUUGAAAAACUUGAAGUUGUAAAAUUUCUUCUAAAGUUUUGGAGCUUGUUGUGAAAUAAUUUCAAACAUUAGGUAAAGUCGGAGUUUUGCUGCCUUUCUGCGAACUUUUUUGAGCCUUUUAGCGACCAUUAUCAACCAUUCCGACUGUCCGAGCAGUUCUCAUAAGCGGAGGUGGCAAUAUUUCAAUAUUUUUGCUGAAAGUAUUGGCCCGAUUCUAGUUUGAUAUCAUUCCAGAAAGAAGCCUCCUCAAGGUUGUUCGUUCAAUUUCGAUGCCUUUUUCGACAAACUCAAGUGCAAGUUGGGAAAAGUUGUUCUGCAUGUUCCUGUCGCUACGACCACCAUGGACGUUUGCAGCAGGUUCCUAGGGGAAAUAUUCAAAAUUUUCUAGUUUUUCCAGUAUUUGUGAUGCGAUUCCAUCCCUGGAAAACGUUUUAGUUGUUGCUGAUCAUCAAACAAAAGGACGAGGUUCUAGUUGAAAUGAGAAUAAUUUAUGAAUUUCCCUAUUCACAGGAAGAGGAGGAAAUGAAUUUCUGUCGCCGACUGGCGUUGCAAUGUUCACUUUCGCGUUUCGAAUUCCAAGAAGGUCACGCCUAGGAUCUUCCCUGUCUAUCAUUCAGGUUUUCUUUGCUUUUGUAAAACCGGAAAAUUCUCAAUUUUUGUUAGAAAGGUGGCCAGUGGAGACGCAGUUUGUUCAGAUCUUGAAUUUCAAGUCGUCGCUCAAGCUCCGCCCCUAGUGGCGCGAUAAACCAAUCAGAGAACGAGCCAUCCACAGAGCGUUUUCCAAUGACGUCGUUGAAAUUCAAAAAAUGAACAGACUAUAAUUGAAUAUAAGUUGGUAACUAGAAAAUAGACCUUUUGAAAUAAGGUUAUAAUGCUGAAGGACGAGAUCCCGAAGAUUAUGGGGCGGCGGAAUUUAAAGGUUAUUGAAGCUUCAGUAUAAGGUAGAACAUUCCAGAAACUUGAAAAUUCCUUCCUGAAAAAGAAAGAAGUUCCCAGAAUAACUUAGAAGGUUCUAGUUUAAUAUGAAACAUCAGGAGUAAUUUGGAAUGUUCUGACUCUAAGAGAGAGAUUUAUGAAGAUGAAGUCAUAAAGAGAAAGUGUAGAAGGUUCUAGAAUAAGCUAGAAAAAGUAAAGCUAUAUAUAUAUAUAUAUAUAUAUAAAUUUGUAAUAACCUUUUAGCACGUUUUCUGCGUGGCUCUCGUCGAAGCGGCGCACAGGCUGUCCGGCGAAGAACAUUUCCCUCUGCGCAUCAAAUGGCCCAACGAUUUCUACUUCAAUCGGUCUCACAAGGUUGGGCUAAGAUUUAUUUCAAGCAAAAAGUUCAUUUGAGCUUCAAUAAUUUAUUUAUAUUUUAGUUAUAGAAAGAAACAUAUUUCCUUAGUUCAUCCUGGGGAGAGUAGGAAAGGAAAGUUCCAGGCAAAAAGUUUUCUCGAAUACAAAAAAAAUAAAAAAUCGAAUACAAGGAUUUUUUUAAAGGUUGGAGGCAUGCUGGCUGCAGUGAACACCCGCGAUGACGGUUUUUUAAUAUCCAUCGGUUUUUUUUUUCUCACCUCAACGUCUUCAAUUAUAAUCUCAGGUGCUGGUAUCAAUGUUUGGAAUGAAAAGCCGACGGUUUGCCUGAACGAUAUGUUGCCGAAGGACUCGGAGAACAAGAUCAACGUGGAGGAACUCAUCGCAGAAUCUCUGAAUCGAUUCCAAUGUGCGGAUUCAGAAGGCAAAAUUUCAAGAAAUCUUGUUUUCAGAUUGGAUGACUGACUUUGAAAACAACGGCGGCGAGCGAUUCCGCAGGAAAUAUUACGAGUAUUGGUUGCAUAAGUUGGAAAUCUUCUAGUUUCAAUUUUGAAAUAUGAGUUUUCAGUUACGAGGAGGUCUACCUCCAAGACAUUGGUGAGAAGGUGAUGAUCCGGGGACUUGACGAAAACGGGUUUUUGGAGGUCCGCAGCAAGGAAAACUCGGGAAAGGUGUGCAUUUGGCUCGGCGACUCUUUCAAAACCCCAUUCAUCAGGUUUUCUCGAUUACCGACGACGGCAACACCUUCGACAUGAUGAAAGGGCUGAUCCGCCAGAAAAUCGUCUAG